GGACGGAUAUUUUUUUGACGGCCAUUUUGUUUGCUCUGCUCUGCCUACAUAAACAGAAGUUGUUCGUUCAUCCAUCCACCCAUCCAUCCUCUAGUACCCACUAAGCAAUCAAACAAGAAUCAACCAACAAUGGCGGUGAAGGUAUACGGUCCGGCCUACGCUUCCCCGAAGCGCGUAAUCGCGUGCCUAAUUGAGAAGGGUAUCGACUUUGAAACCAUCCCCAUUGAUCUCCUCAAGGGAGAGCACAAGGCUCCUGAUUUCCUUCAAUUGCAGCCUUUUGGAUCUCUCCCGGUGAUUCAAGAUGGGGACUACACUCUGUUCGAAUCGAGGGCGAUCAUGAGGUACUAUGCAGCUAAGUACAAGCUUCAGGGGACCGAUCUGCUCGGCGGGUCGAUGGAAGAAACAGGGCUCGUAGAUCAGUGGCUGGAAGUGGAGGCUCACAACUUCAACCCGCACAUCUACAGCUUGACGAUUCAGAUCAUGUUCUACCCUGCCGUCGGAACCCCGACCGACGAGAAGGCGGUGGCCGAGAGCGAGGAGAAGCUUGGGAAGGUGCUGGACGUUUAUGAACAGAGGCUGUCGGAGAGCAAGUAUCUGGCCGGAGAUUUCUUCAGCCUGGCCGACCUCAGCCACCUGCCGUUCACGCAGUACUUGGUGGGUCCGAUUGGGAAAGAGUACAUGAUCAGGAGCAGGAAGCAUGUGAGUGCGUGGUGGGAUGACAUUAGUGGCAGGGAUUCUUGGAAGAGGGUUCUCGAGCUUGAAUCCAAGGGCUGGGCGGGGAACUGAUGAUCUCUGGGUGGCGGAAUCAAUAUGGUUGUGUCAU